AUGACUCCACCAAAGUUUAUUGGGCCGCCUCGCCCUCGAGAAUUCUCUAGGCGGGGUCACGGUGGUCGGGGGCCAACCCCCCAGAGCGUGGCCAACCGAGCGAUCCGCGAAUAUUUCGGCAAUUAUGGCUGUCAGAAGAUCGGUUCCAAUACAGACUGGCUUAUGAAGCCGGAGCUGCCCACUGCAGAUGAGAUUCUGGGGAUUGAUUCCCCAGAUAAUGAUGUGCUACUGGCUCCGAAUGUAAUCUCGGAAGCAUGGUCUUCCAGGGACGACUAUCUCAAAACUCAUUACAACCUCAUUCGAGAGGAUGCUGUUGCACCACUACGUGAUGCAGUGGCAUUUUUAAGGUCCAGACCUUCCAUGAAUGACACGAACGAUGUGGCCAUCUACGAAAAGGUCUUCAUCAACCGAGUCACCUUUGCCCACAGAGGUCUAGCUUUUCGAAUAUCCUUUUCUACCCGACGCGCCGGUCGAAAAAUUCUUUGGAAAUACUCUUCACGCCUUAUCACUGGAUCACUAGUCGCUCUCACCCCAGCGAACGACAUGUUCUCAACCAGAUGCGUGGUUGCAAUAAUUGCUGCCAGAGCCUUGGAGAAUCUAUCAAUGGAGCCACCUGAAGUUGACAUUUUCUUCGUGUGUCCCGAUGAUAUCGACUUUGACCCACAGCAAGAAUGGGUAAUGGUGGAGGCGCGGGCUGGAUAUUUUGAGGCCUACAGACACACCAUGACCGCCCUGCAAAAGCUAUCCAAGGAGAGAUUUCCGCUCCAUAACCACAUAUGCCAAUUGCAGGCUCGGAUAGGCGCACCGGAGUACAUCGGUGCAAAUCCCGUUAUGGAUUUCCGAGGCAUGGUUCCAAAAGACUUCUACGGCAAUACACGAUUCAGUGUUCUUGGCGGCUUGUCUUCUGCCCCUCUGGGAAGCUUGAAUAUCUACCAGCGAGCCGCUUUGAAAGAAAUUUUCUCCAAAAAACUGGCGAUUAUUCAAGGGCCCCCGGGAACAGGCAAGACUUUUGUUUCAGUUGUUGCAUUGAAGCUUUUACUGGCUCACAUGCGCCCUGGCGAUCCUCCAAUAGUUCUUGCUACGCAGACAAAUCACGCCCUCGACCAGCUACUCCUUCAUCUUUCGGACUUUGAAAGUGACUACAUACGCCUGGGAGGCAGAAGUACCGACCUAAGGGUUUGCAACCGCACACUGUUUUCAGUCAGAAAACUUCAGUACCAGCCCGCAUUGCGAGGAGGUCUUCUAGAGCCUGCCCGGAGGGAGAUCUCAUCCCUGGUCACAGCCAUGAUGAAGAUAUUCAAGCCCUUUGACAGAGAAAGAGGCGAGGGUGCCUUGACUGGGUCGAUUUUUAUCCAGUAUGGCUUAUUGACACAGGAUCAGAUUGAUUCUCUCGAAGACGGUGGCCAAAUCUGGACACACACAACUACAGGCCAAGAUAUCGAUCCCCUUAUGGUCUGGCUAGGGGACGAAGUGGUAAAAUUCAAAACUAAUCACUCCAAUGAGAGUUUAAGCUUUACCGAAGAUGAAAUUGACAUGGAAUAUGAGCUACUCCGGGAACUCGAAGCAGAGCAGGCCCCAGACUCCGAUGAAUGGGAGGCCCUCAAAGGCAGUUUCAUCGAGCUGGGGGCAACCGUCCGAGGCCGGCAAUGGAACACUGUUCCAGAGAACACCAUGAACAGAUACCUCCAGACUACGGACUUGUGGAAGAUUCCCGCCAAGGCCCGUGGAGCAGUCUACAAUGAGUUGCGUAAACGACUUUUCAAAAUCGCCCAGGAUAAGCUUGUGGAGGAAGUCAAGAAGUAUAAUGAAUGCAGCAAGAAACUUCUCAUCGGAAAGUACGAACGCGAUUAUCAGCUGCUGCGUAAAGCCAAGCUGGUUGGGAUGACAACCACAGGACUGAGCAAAUACCGCGCCCUCGUAUCCAGCUUGAAGCCUCGAAUUGUUAUGAUUGAAGAGGCUGCUGAGGUGAUCGAAGCCCCGGUUGCUGUGGCCUGUUUUGAGUCGCUGCAACACUUAAUCCUUGUUGGUGAUCACAAACAGCUUAAAGGCCGCUGUGCUUUGAAAGACCUGGCAGGCAAACCUUUCUACCUAGACAUUUCAAUGUUCGAACGCUUAGUUCAAAAUGGGAUUUCGUUCGUGAUGCUGCGAGAACAGAGACGAAUGGCUCCAGAGAUACGCCAGGUGUUGGAUCCAAUCUACGGAGAUCUUCAUGACCAUGAUUCCGUUCAGAAUUACCCCUUGAUCCAGGGAAUGGGAGAUAUUCGAUCAUUCUUCUUCACCCAUGAUUAUCCAGAAGCUGGUGACAGUCUCUCAUCAAAGAUUAAUGAGUUUGAAGCUGUCAUGGUUGUUGAAUUUUUCAAUUACCUGUUGCUCAAUGGCGCCUCUGUGAAUAAGGUCACCAUCUUGACAUUCUACAAUGGUCAGAGAAAGCUGUUGCUCAAGAUUCUGAAAACACAUCGAUACUUAGAAAAGCAAUCUCCGAGGGUUGUUACCGUUGACUCCUUUCAAGGCGAGGAAAAUGACAUCGUGCUACUAUCGCUGGUCAGAAGUAGUAAUGGACACGGCAUCGGCUUCCUGUCCGUCGACAACCGAGUCUGCGUGGCUCUAUCUCGUGCCAGAUAUGGGAUGUACAUUUUUGGCAAUGCCGAACAUCUGGUAUCUGGGAGCCUACUCUGGCGCGAUGUUGUGGAAAUCAUGACGGGUGGAAAGAAUGAAAAUUCACGAGUUGGCAGUGCACUGCCUCUCACUUGCCGCACUCAUGGGAAUAAGACUCUUGUCAGCAGCAGUGAUGACUGGGAGACGAUAAAUGGCGGCUGUGCAGCAAUGUGUGAAGAGCCGCUUCCAUGUGGACACCAAUGCCCGCUGCAAUGUCACGGCUUUGCACAUUCGUGGGUCAGCUGCUAUCAGAAAUGCCUUCACGUUCGCCCUUGCUGCGGUCUCGCAUGUUCUCAGAUAUGUAGCGAGCCUCAUACCCACACCUGUCUCUGCUUGGAAAGUGAGGUGAAAGACGUUCCAAUUGCUGUAUUGCCCCAGGCUCUUUUGGCAUUACCAGCCCCUACAGAAAGCCUCAAAGAGGAGGUCCUCCUGAUCGAGUUUUCGGAUGACGAGGUCACUGGAGAACUGAACUCCGGGCAGAAGGAACCCAAAGGUAAGGUGGAGCAAAAGAGCUUGCAGUCUGAUAGCUCUGCAAAAUCCAAACUUUCCCCUUUGGCACCCGAAUUCUCGCCAACUUCCCAGUCAUCAGGCGGAUUUAGCCAGAGUGAAAAUUCACCGAGAUCAAAUCGGCAUCGGACGGGUACUCAAGUCAAUUGUAAACCGAUUAACACAUCUAUGAGCUCAUCUACUAUGCAGCCUAUGAUAAAUUCUCCAAUCAGGAAACAGGACGAUUCCCAAAAAUGCGAUGCCCACGACAAAUGGCAGAGAUUUGCCCAAGGUGGAGCCCGCAAAGUUGAUCUUGUUCUGGAGAAUUUGGCCAAGACGGCUGGCGUGAAUACGGAUGAAGUUCAACUGUCAAUGACUCAAGUCGACGAGGACUUGAUCCCCUUGACUCUGAGACAAUCUGAUUCUCAGCCUAAAACCAUUCCCACGGCGAUGGAUUCCUUGCUUGACUUGGAUUGA